CUGUUCACAUGAAGAAACAAACUUAUCUAUACUUUGAAUGGCCUGAGAGUCAGUGCAUUUUCAUUUUGGGGUGAACUAUUCCUUUAAUUAUAGAAACAUGGCCAAAUUUGUUGUACAAGUCUUCAAAUUAACUUUAUUUAUACUGCAUCCUUUUAAAAGUGUAUACCAAGUGCUUUACAGGGCGGAUAUAUAUUUUCAUAAAUUCACGUGUAUACUUGUCAGUAUAAUUUUGAUUUGUACUAAAUUUGAUAGUAUGUACUGUAUCUGAAUCUGUAUCUAUAUGCGCGGAGACGCUGGUGUUUAUGAUGAUGAUGUGGUCGGUGGUUUCGUACCUGAGUAGCUCGGAAUCGGUGGCCGGUUUCCAGCACGCCUGCGGGUUAUUUCCGGCCCCACGCGCCACUCACGAGCGGCUCUGUCCCGACAGCACGCGGACCCACAGCCGCGCGAACGGCACGUCACCGCCGUGCCAGAACAGUGAGCACGCGGCGAAAGGACGCAAAAGCGACGUCUGGAGUUCUCAGUACGAGGUGAGAAACUGGCCACUGUACUACCUCUUUGUGGCAUCUGCCUCUCUGGGAAAUGAAGUGUUCUACAUCUCCUUUCUGCCCUUCAUCCACUGGAACCUGGAUCCCUUCCUGUGCCACCGCCUCGUCAACAUGUGGGCUGUGGUGAUGUAUAUAGGACAGGUGAUGAAGGAUAUGCUGAAGCUCCCUCGUCCCUCGUCGCCCCCUGUGGUAAAACUGGAACAUCGUAUCGAGUUCGGCAUGCCUUCAACUCACACCAUGGCUGCCACAGCCAUCGCCUUCACAUUGUUGCUGAGUGCGCCGGAGAGAGUGAAGUUUCAGUUUGAGGUCGGUUUGGUUGCAGCUGUGGUUCUUUCAGCCCUCGUGAGUCUCAGUCGCCUCUAUACUGGCAUGCACUCAGCCCUGGAUGUGAUCUGUGGGACUCUCAUAUCCGCCCUCGUUCUGGUUGCGUCCUACCCACACUGGGACAGUUUGGACUUCUUCCAGCUCAACAGCCCGCUGUCCCCUGCCAUCUCACUGGUUCUGCCCCUCAUCCUGUGCUAUAAAUACCCCGAGUUGGACCACUACAGCGCUACGCAGGGGGACACCACUAUAAUUUUGGGCUGUAGUGCUGGAUGUUCUGUCAGUUACUGGCUCAAUCAGUGGCUCGGUGUGACUUUCGAACCCUCAGGGCUGUUCCCAGUGACCCUACCUCCCAUUACCCCAUUGAUCUUUAGCUUAGCGGGAACUAUAAUACGAGAGCCACACAUCAGAAUCCCUUGGCACACAGACAGUUGCUCACGUCCCACUGAAAACUCUGGGAACAUAACAUUUCCAUGA